AAUGCUAGAUAGGAGCAGAGAAAAGGCUUGGGGGUAGUAAGAGGACAGGGACGAGUAUAAGACAAACACGAUCCGAUAGAAGACUUAAAACUCGAAGGCUUAGAGUUGGGUGACAUCGCAGACCACGAGGCUUUCAUAGGACAUUGUCUCAUGCCUGGGGCACUAAACCCCUAGCGUAUACUACUAGGUACGCCACCUACAGCAUGACGCAUGACGGUGCUACUGGUUUAUGAAUUUCAGGGGCGGUAUUAUAGAUAGCGUCUUAGAAUGGACAGGUAGACUUGAAAGAAGACAAUCCCACCAAUUUCAUCGAGCACUAUGGCAUCCCAAGCCGGUGCUGUUGGCGAUAUUCUUCUGACGCCCAAGUCAGGUAAUCUGCCGACUGUAGCACAGUUAUCAAGCUAUAUGCAACAUUUGUUUCCCUUACGAGAUGGAGACACGCCGUUUGCUUACCAUAUUCCUCACUCCAAUAGAUUUGAUGUUCAUAGCAACCAGGUUUCUCACGCUGUCGUGAGCAUCACUCCCACUCCUGGAUUUUAUGCCGCCAUUUCAUCGUCAAGCUCGGGGACGCCAUUGGCAUUUCUGCAUCGGCCAUGGCUUCUUGACCGUGGACGGAUACCUCGCCGAACUACUAUACUUUCUUGUCAUAAGGGAUUCGAUGAAGUGCUCACCGUGGGUAACAAUGUCGCUCUGGCCUCAACGCUAGGGCUAGAUCUGGAUCGAAGUAGCGUGAUCCGAGGUUACAAGGGAGUUCCCGAGAGGGCCAUCGGAGUGGUGGGUCCUGUAUCGGAAGCGUCAAGGAAAGAGUUCCUGGAGCUGGUCAAGCCUGAAUUCCCAUCUAUCGAGGCCGCUUUUGGAUUUGAGAAUAAUGAGAGAAGUGAUGUUCACCAGGUGGUCAAAGCAGUGGCUAUCAUGAAUGCAUUUCACCCAGAGGAGGUACAGCGUGUAUCAGCACUUGCAUCUGAUUUGGGCCUGAUACCUUCUGCUGAAGAAUGCGAUGGGAUAGUAUACCUGACCGGUGCCGAGCGAGAGCAGGGGCUUCAGGCGGCGGUCCAGAAGCAUAUGGCUGUGGUAUGUGUCGGCCAUCGGGCUUGUGAAGAGUGGGGAAUCAAGUACUUGGCCGACAUUUUGAGAAGGGAGUGGCCAUCUAUUCAUGUUGAUGUUAUUCUAGAAGCUGAGGAUCAGCAGCUGUGAGAUGCUUGGGAGUUUUAUGAAUGGGUAAGAAGACAAGACAGACAAGACCGUAAUAUGUAACCUUAUAGGUUACUAGGUAGUUAGCUACCUUACGUGGUGGGAUAUUCUAUUCUACUAUGUAUUGUUUGUUGAUUAUGUAACCUGGAAGUCACUACGAAAUACUUUGGUACCUAGUCUUAUCGAU